AUGGGGUGCAAUGGAUUUAAACUCUAUUUAUGGAAGUAUGACUUCUCUUCAGUAUUGGUGAUAAGUUUUAUUGUCUGUUAUGUGGUUGUUUUAAUUUGUGUUUUGGUUGGGGUGGCUUUUUUAAAUUUGUUGGAGCGAAGGGUUUUAGGGUAUAUUCAGAUUCGUAAGGGUCCUAAUAAAGUGGGAGUGAUGGGAAUUUUGCAACCUUUUUCUGAUGCAAUCAGGUUAUUUUGUAAGGAGCAGAGUUUUCCUUUUUUAUCUAAUUUAUUGUUUUAUUUUGUGAGCCCGGUUUUUAGACUUUGGUUAGCUUUGUGUUUAUGAAUUAUUUCAUAUUUUUUUAAUAUGGUGGAUUUUGAGUUAGGGUUGUUAUUUUUAUGUGUUUCUAGUUUUGGGGUGUAUGGAAUGAUGGGGGCUGGCUGGUCCUCAAAUUCUAAAUAUGCUAUGUUAGGAGCUUAUCGAGCUGUUGCUCAGACUAUUUCUUGUGAGGUAAGAUUGGCCUUGAUUAUUUUGUCUUGUGUUGUUUUAGUGGGGGAUAUGAUUUGGUUAAACUUAAAAAUGUUCAGGAUGAGUGAUGAAUGGUUGGGGUUUUUUUUUCCUUUGGCAAUUGUAUGAUUUGCAUCCUGUUUGGCUGAAACAAAUCGUUCUCCUUUUGAUUUUGCGAAAGGGGAGUCUGAGUUGGUGUCUGGAUUUAAUGUGGAGUAUAGAAGAGGGGGACUGUUAAUUUUUAUAGCUGAAUAUGGUAAUAUUUUGUUUAUGAGAUUAAUUAGUGUGUUGAUUUUCGAAUAGGUGUUGACAUUAAUUGUGUCGGAUUGGGCCUUGGGAGAUUUUUGUAAUUUUUACUACGCCAAUAAGGGUAAUAAGGAGAAAGGUGAC